GGAGCUGCUGCAGCUUCACAGACGCUCACAGGAAGACACACACAGACAGUCAGGAUGGAGGUGAAGCUGCUGUUUCUGACUGUUGUUCUGCUCUCCUCACCGCUCCUCACACUAUGUGACCCGCUGUUUGUUCUGUCGGCUCCUAAUCUGCUGAGGGUGGGUUCCUCAGAGAACCUGCUUGUGGAGGCUCAGGAUUACUCUGGAGCAGCUCUCGAUGUGACGAUCAUAGUAAAGAAUCAUCCAAAGAAGAGCCGGGAGAUACUGUCUAAAUCAGUGACACUGACCGCAGACAACAAUUUCCAGAUCCUUACAGAUAUAAAGAUUCCUGAUGAUCAGAACUUCUUCUCUGACGAUCCUCUGGAGAAACAGUAUGUGUAUCUACAAGCUCAGUUUCCAUCCGUCACUCUGGAACAAGUGGUCAUGCUCUCAUUCCACUCUGGAUAUAUAUUUGUGCAAACAGACAAGCCCAUCUACACACCUGCUAGCAAUGUUCUUUACAGAAUUUUCUCUUUGAUGCCCAACCUGAAACCACUCAAUGAGUCUAAAAUCACAGUGGAAAUCAUGAAUCCACAAGGCAUCACAGUUUCAUCAGAGAACAUAACUACAGCCCUGCAUAUUGAAUACCACCAUUACGUUAGACCAACUGUAAAUGUGUCAGAUCAGAUAAAAUGUGACCGUCUGUACCUGUUUGGACAGAAGGUGGAUGGAAAUGCAUUUGUGGUGUUUGGUGUGAUGGAAGAUGAGAAGAAAACAAGUACAUCUCUGCAAAAAGUUCAGAUCGUGGAAGGAGAGGGUACUGCAGAACUGACCAAUCAGAUGAUCACUGACACCUUUCCAAACAUUAACCAGCUGGUUGGACGAUCAAUCUAUGUUUCAGUCAGUCUAUUAACAGAAAGUGGCAGUGAAAUGGUGGAAGCAGAAAGGAGAGGCAUUCAGAUCGUGACGUCACCGUACACCAUCCACUUCAAAAAAACACCACCCUUCUUCAAACCUGGGAUGCCCUUUAGUGUCUCGGUUUAUGUGACAAAUCCUGACCAAACACCUGCUGUAAAUGUGAAAGUGGAGGUCAAUCCUGGAGGGGUCAGAGGUCAAACAAAAGACAACGGCAUUGUGAAGGUUAAAGUCAACACUCUGGGAGGAUCUUCAACACUGGACAUCACUGCAAAGACCAAAGAUCCAGAGAUAGAAGACAAUCAGCAGGCAGUGAGGAAGAUGACGGCUCAGGCCUAUGAGACCAAAGGCGGCUCCAACAAUUACCUGCACAUCGGCAUUGAUGCUGCUGAGCUUCAGAUCGGUGAUUCAAUGACAGUGAAUCUAAACACUGGACAAAUUCCAGGAGUCAGAGGUCAAGAUUUCACCUACAUGAUCUUGAGUAAAGGUCAGAUUGUAAAAGCAGACAGGUUUAAGCGAAGUGGAGAAUCACUAGUGACUCUGUCUCUGCCUGUAACCAAAGACAUGGUGCCGUCCUUCCGCUUUGUGGCUUAUUACCAUGUGGGCUCGUCUGAGGUGGUGUCUGAUUCAGUCUGGGUCGAUGUGAAGGACACGUGCAUGGGAAAGCUCCAGCUUGAGGUGAAGGAGAAGAUGAAUACCUAUGGCACAGGAGAAGAGGUCAAGCUGCAGAUAACUGGAGAUCCUGGAGCUAAAGUUGGUCUGGUGGUGGUUGACAAGGCUGUGCAAGUCCUUAACAAGAAGAGACUCACUCAGACUCAGAUCUGGGACGUCAUAGAGAAGCAUGACACCGGCUGUACAGCAGGAGGUGGGAGGGACAGUAUGGGGGUUUUCACUGAUGCAGGUCUGAUGUUUGCGUCCCACACUGCAGGAGGAACCAACACCAGAACAGUGCCUGAGUGUCCCGUUCCUGCAAAGAGAAAACGAAGAUCUGAGAGUCUCCUGCAGAUCACUAGUACACUGGCUGGUAAUUACUCCGGUGAACUGAAGCAGUGUUGUGUUGAUGGGAUGAGGGAUAAUAAACUCGGCUACACCUGUGAACGAAGAGCCACAUACAUCAUCGAUGGUGAAGAGUGUGUCAAGGCCUUCCUGGACUGCUGCAACCAGAUGAUAACCCGCAAGAACACGAAGACCGAAGAGGAGGAGCUGAUUCGGGCUCGAAGUGAUGAUGAUGAUGAUGAUGACGACUAUUAUACAGACUCUGAAGAUAUUGUGUCCCGUACGCAGUUCCCUGAGAGUUGGCUUUGGGAGGUGGUUGAUCUACCCACUUCCAAUAAAGGUGGAACAACAUCAAUCACAAAACCGAUCGUCCUGAAAGACUCUAUCACUACCUGGCAGAUCUUGGCUGUCAGUCUGUCACCAACACUUGGCAUCUGUGUGGCAGAACCUGAGGAGAUGGUCGUUUUUAAGAGAUUUUUCAUUGACCUAAAGAUACCUUACUCAGCUGUGCGCGGCGAACAACUGGAAAUCAAGGCCAUUAUUCACAACUACACCCCAAUUGUCUUCUCAGCUGGUAAUUACUCCGGUGAACUGAAGCAGUGUUGUGUUGAUGGGAUGAGGGAUAAUAAACUCGGCUACACCUGUGAACGAAGAGCCACAUACAUCAUCGAUGGUGAAGAGUGUGUCAAGGCCUUCCUGGACUGCUGCAACCAGAUGAUAACCCGCAAGAACACGAAGACCGAAGAGGAGGAGCUGAUUCGGGCUCGAAGUGAUGAUGAUGAUGAUGAUGACGACUAUUAUACAGACUCUGAAGAUAUUGUGUCCCGUACGCAGUUCCCUGAGAGUUGGCUUUGGGAGGUGGUUGAUCUACCCACUUCCAAUAAAGGUGGAACAACAUCAAUCACAAAACCGAUCGUCCUGAAAGACUCUAUCACUACCUGGCAGAUCUUGGCUGUCAGUCUGUCACCAACACUUGGCAUCUGUGUGGCAGAACCUGAGGAGAUGGUCGUUUUUAAGAGCUUUUUCAUUGACCUAAAGAUGCCUUACUCAGCUGUGCGCGGCGAACAACUGGAAAUCAAGGCCAUUAUUCACAACUACACCCCAAAGAAGCACAAGGUGCGUGUGGAGUUCAUGGAGACAGAAGAUGUUUGCAGCUCUGCCAGUAAGAAAGGCAAAUACAGAACAACAGUAUCUGUUGACAAAGGCUCCAGCAUAGCCGUUUCAUAUGUGAUUAUUCCCAUGAUGCUGGGAAGUCACAUGAUUGAGGUGAAUGCUUCUGCAUUUGGUUUAUCUGAUGGAGUGAGAAAGCCGCUGAAGGUGGUGGUACGUCUGAUGGGAAAUUCUGUCACUUUUUUCUCAUUCUCCUGUUUUCACCAGGUGCGUGUGGAGUUCAUGGAGACAGAAGAUGUUUGCAGCUCUGCCAGUAAGAAAGGCAAAUACAGAACAACAGUAUCUGUUGACAAAGGCUCCAGCAUAGCCGUUUCAUAUGUGAUUAUUCCCAUGAUGCUGGGAAGUCACAUGAUUGAGGUGAAUGCUUCUGCAUUUGGUUUAUCUGAUGGAGUGAGAAAGCCGCUGAAGGUGGUGUCUGAGGGUGUGCUGAUUUCACACAGAGAAAAUGUGGAGCUCAAUCCUGUUAAGAAUGGGGAAAAACCUUUAGUUUUUAAAUCUGUCAUACCAACUGGACGGCUUCCAGACACACCUGCUGACACGUACAUCGCAAUUACUGCUGAAGAGAUCACUCAGACAGUCGAGCAGGCCAUCAGUGGAGACUUCAUGGGUCGUCUUAUUGUCCAGCCCACUGGAUGUGGAGAGCAGAACAUGAUCUAUAUGACUCUACCUCUCAUAGCCACUCAUUAUCUGGACAGCACCAAUCAGUGGGACACUGUUGGCAUGGAUCGCCGUAAUGAAGCUGUUAACCAUAUCAGAACAGGUUAUCAGCGGCAGCUGGUUUACCGUAAAUCAGAUGGAUCCUACGCUGCAUGGAGACACAGACCGAGCAGCACAUGGUUGACAGCAUAUGUGGCUAAAGUCUUCAGCAUGGCCAAUAACCUUGUUUCUAUAGAGGAGAAUGUGAUCUGCAGCGCCCUUAAGUGGCUGAUUCUCCACAAACAAAUACAAGACGGCUCCUUUAAAGAGGGUUCAGCUGUAAUUCAUGGAGAGAUGGUGGGUGACGUACAAGGCAAAGAUGCCGAUGCCUCGCUGACGGCCUUUGUCGUGAUUGCCAUGCAAGAGGCCAGAGAGAUCUGUGCUGAAUCAGUUGCUAGUCUGCAGGAAAGUAUCAGGAAGGCUGUUUCUUUCUUGGAAGGUCGGCUUCCACAGCUGACCAAUCCUUACGCUGUAGCGAUGACGUCCUAUGCCAUGGCCAAUGCCAACAAACUCAAUAAAGACAUCUUGAUGAAAAGCUCCUCCCAACUAAAAGCCGAUCGGUCCUGGACUGUCCCUGGACAGCACCAUCACUCACUAGAGGCGACGGCUUAUGCUGUGCUGGCGCUUGUGAAGGACAAAGACUUUGAUAAAGCAGGAGAAGCAGUGCACUGGCUGAACAGACAGCAGUCUCACUAUGGAGGAUCUGGCACCACUCAGGCGACCAUCAUGGUGUUCCAGGCCGUGGCAGAGUAUCGCACGCAGGUGAAGGACCGGCAAAACUUCAAUCUGGACGUGGAGCUGUCCGUGGCAGGAAGAAGCAAACCUGUCAGAUAUACUAUCAAAAGAGAGAAUGCACAUCUUACACGAUCAGACAGGGUGGAGAUAAACCAGGAGUUCAAUGUAACUGCUAAAGGAACUGGAACAGCCACUCUCUCAGUUCUGACGCAGUACUACGCCAGACCUGUUGAGAAGAAAUCUGACUGUACUUUCUUUGAUCUGACUGUUAAAAUGGAGAAAGACAAUGAAGCUAAACAAGGAGUCGUUGCAAGUUACAAGCUCACUAUGGAUUUCUACUACAAAGAUGAUAAAACUGAUGCCACCAUGACUAUUCUGGACUUUGGCUUACCGACUGGAUUUGAAGUUGAAGAAAGUGAUCUUAAAGAGUUGUCUUCAGGGAAAGAGAGAUACAUUCAGAAAUAUGAAAAGAAUAAAGUUCUUUCAGAGCGAGGAUCCCUCAUCCUCUACUUAGAUAAGGUACUGUAUGUCAGCAAAAUGUGGUGCCUUAUCAUUUUAAAAAGUUUUAUUUUAUAUAUGAUAUGAUAUGAUAUUAUAUGGAAACCAUGUGUUUUACUUACUAUCACAGUAUAAGUUAUUUGGGAUUUUGUUAACACUUGCUAGCUCUACAAACACAAAAAUACAUUGGAAUGAUAUCUGGUUGUAUGUUAAUGUGAA